UGUCCGUUUCGAACGUGGCAGGCCGCAUACGUGUCGAUACGAUUAAAUAAAAACAUAUGCAUUCAAUUUCUGAACGAUACCAUUUUGGGGAUUAAUAAAAUUUGAAAAAAAUAACGUGUUUUGUGCACGCGCGUGAUUUCGCGCCUAAACUAAAUGUGCCAGUGACGUAUUAAUUUUUUUAAAGUGUGUGCUUUUGUGAGGCUUUGACUAUCUUAUUUACGGAUCGCUUUAAAACUGUGGCAAUAUGGCGUCAAAGGAUUUCCGGUCGGAGCGAGUGAAGCAAAUGUUCAGUUGGACUACUGCAGAAACCUCGCCUUCGUCGCCAAUGGGCGACGAGAAGGAGUCCAAGAUGAGCCAGAUACAGUUCUCCAUGCCACUCGACAUAAAUAACAGCACUGUGUGGCAAAAAAGGCAGCAAGCGGUUUGCGUGCAGCACGCUUUCAAACACUACGGGUCCAACAAACGGCCCAACCACGUGCUCAGCAACCUCAACAUGUCCGUCAAGAAGGGCACCAUAUAUGGACUCUUGGGUGCGUCAGGUUGCGGGAAGACCACCUUACUCUCCUGCAUAGUGGGCCGGCGGAAACUGAACAGCGGCGAGAUAUGGGUGCUGGGGGGCAAGCCGGGCACCAAAGGGUCUGGAGUCCCCGGCAAGCGCGUGGGCUACAUGCCGCAAGAGAUCGCGCUGUAUGGCGAGUUCACCAUAAAGGAGACCAUGAUGUACUUCGGCUGGAUCUUCGGCAUGGAGACCAGGGAGAUCGUGGAUAGGCUGCGGUUCCUGCUGGAGUUCCUCGACCUGCCCAGUGAGAACAGGAUGGUGAAGAAUUUAAGCGGUGGGCAGCAGCGGCGCGUGUCGUUCGCGGUGGCGCUGAUGCACGACCCGGAGCUGUUGAUCCUGGACGAGCCCACGGUGGGCGUGGACCCUCUGCUGCGCCAGUCCAUCUGGACGCAUCUGGUUCGCAUCACCAGCUCGGGAGACAAGACCGUCAUAAUCACCACGCACUACAUCGAGGAGGCGCGCCAGGCGCAUUGUAUCGGGCUGAUGCGCAGCGGCCGGCUGCUGGCGGAGGAGUCUCCGCAAGCGCUGCUCACAAUGUACAGCUGCAUCUCCCUGGAGGACGUGUUCCUCAAGCUCUCCAGGAGACAAGGCCAAGCGAACCAAGUUGUAGAGUUGAACGUCAGCGGAGGCCUGGGGCUCAACAAGAUGUCAAAGCGCGAGGAAGCGCCGUACGCGGCGGAAGACGCGCAGGUGGUCGGCCUCAACUUCCACCAGAGCAAGGAGGUGCUGAUAGUGGAACACGCCGCCGGAUCCAAUGGAGAUCUGCCCGGUAAAAUGUCCGAAGUCGUGAAGUCCGAAUGCGAAGAUUGUGGAGGCUGCUUAAACUUCACAUCUCGGGGGAAGAUAAAAGCUCUCAUCCAGAAGAACUUCCUCCGCAUGUGGCGUAACAUCGGCGUGAUGCUGUUCAUCUUCGCGCUGCCCGUCAUGCAGGUCAUCCUGUUCUGCCUCGCCAUCGGCCGGGACCCCAGCGGACUAAGAUUGGCUGUUGUGAAUGACGACGUGCAAGUACUGGAUAGUUACUGCCCCUACAACACGUCCUGCUCCAUGAAGAACCUCUCCUGUCGCUACCUGGCCCACCUGAAGAACCAGUCCAUCAUCAAGCAGUACUACGCGGACCUAGACUCGGCUAUAAAUGCUGUCAGAGAAGGCGAAGCUUGGGGAGCGAUAUACUUCAAUGAAAACUAUACGGAUUCCCUCGUGGCUAGGUUGGCUUUGGCGGACACGGCUGACAACGAAACCAUAAUGUCAUCGGAGGUGCAAGUUUGGCUCGACAUGUCGAAUCAGCAGAUAGGUCUCAUGUUGAACCGGGACAUACAAUUCUCCUAUCGGGACUUUGCAAAGGAUCUUUUAUCGACGUGCAAUUACAACCCGAAAGUGGGUGACAUCCCCAUCGACUUCAAGGAUCCAAUCUACGGUGACAACAACCCCUCUUUUACUGACUUCGUCGCACCUGGUGUAAUUCUCACGAUCGUGUUCUUCCUGGCGGUGGCGCUGACGUCGUCGGCUCUGAUCGUGGAACGCAUGGAGGGGCUGCUGGACCGCUCGUGGGUGGCGGGCGUGUCGCCGGGCGAGAUCCUGUUCUCGCACGUGGUGACGCAGUUCGUGGUCAUGUGCGGCCAGACGGCGCUCGUGCUCAUCUUCAUGAUCCUCGUGUUCGGCGUCAAGAGCAACGGCAACAUCGUCUACGUCAUCAUGCUCACGCUGCUGCAGGGUCUGUGCGGGAUGUGCUUCGGCUUCGUGAUCUCAGCCGCUUGCGAAUUAGAACGAAAUGCGAUACAGCUUGCCCUUGGCUCAUUUUACCCCACGUUACUCCUCAGUGGGGUAAUCUGGCCCAUCGAGGGUAUGCCCUGGGCUCUAAGAGGUAUAGCCUUAUGCUUACCCCUAACCUUAGCGACAUCUGCCUUACGAUCAGUCUUAACAAGAGGUUGGCCACUCACGGAUCCGGAUGUAUAUUUAGGCUUUGUGGCCACUUUAGCUUGGAUCGCGCUAUUUUUGGUAGUAACGAUAACUAUUUUGCGUUUUAAGCGAGGAUAAUUUUUCUAUAGUAAUUGUUAAGCUCAAAUGGCUUUACGCUAUUGUCAAUGUGAAUAUACGCUUUAAGUAUAAAAUAACAAAUAUCCCAUUCUUUUGUCGAAUCAGUUACUAUAUUACAUUUCAAUGUUUCGGCUUUUUGGCUUUUUCCCGCUCAAUCUCAAUUAAAAGAAGCAGAUGUAUUUAAUGUCCAAACAAGGGCACAAAGUAGAAGGAAUAAGGGUAAUUAACAAAUGUAUAUUUAUCUCAGAAAAUAGAUAUAGUUUUAGUUAGUUUAACUUCUAGGUGCUGAGUGUGAGAAUUUCUAUGUCUAAUGUUUGCAUAUUGUUUCCCAGUAUCAUCACUAGAUGGCGCUGUUUCGAUUCCAUACAAGUCGUUGUUAUCUUUCAAGUGAUCGAAUCGAGUAAACGUAGAUAGAAAAUCUAACGCUAGGCACACGAGACAGCAAUCCAUUUGUAAGCGUGUGAAAGAGAUAAAUAUAUUCGUGUUAAUGUAUAACAACUGUAAUAUAGACGAGAGAUACGAAUCUCAAUCAAAUAAAUACGACACAAGUUAUUUCGAUUGUAUAAUUGAAUAUCGAUAUAGUAAGAUGUAAAAUAGCGAAUUAAAAGCAUAUCAAUUUAAAUUUGCUCAACCGCUCAACGAUUUUAUAAAAUACGUAUCUAUAUAUUCGUAAUCGGUGUCAAUGUUGCCAGUAAUAACAAAUUAAAGUGCCCAAACCUACUAUUUUUUAUAGUUUAACCACUAUUCAGUAAAUUUUAAUACGAUAAAGUAUUUAAUUAAUAUUAUAAAAAAAAACUUUUUGGUACCUCAAAUAAUAUAAUAGUUCUUAUUAAGUUCUAACGUAUAAAUUAGGUGAAAAUCUUUUUAACAAAACACUAAAACAAUUUACAUGUCUUGCCUAAAUAUUUCAAGAACAAAAAUAAAUCGAUUACGAAUAGUUACGUACCAAUAAUAGUUUUAGUACUUAUAGCUAAAUGACUGUUAUUUAGUCGACGUGUAAAUAUUAGGUUAUAUUUAUAGUAGCGAGUACAUUAUUACUUAAGGUAUAGGGAAUGUUAGCAUUAUGAUUGGUCCAACGCUUUUUAUAGGGUCCUCCGGUAUAGGUAGUUAAUGUUAACCUUCGAACAAUCAAUUGAUAGGGGACGACCUUAAAUAAAGAUAUCUUCUGUUACUAUAUCUUGAGCAAUUACUAUAUCCAAUAGAAGUAUCACGGUUAUAUUGUGAUGUGUAGAAAUUUGUGAAAGUUGUAUAUGCUUGGGUUUCAUAAUAUGUGGUAUUAUAGAUAGAUGCAAUUACAAAGAGUCUCCUAUGCGUUGAAUGCUCGAAGAUACCUGAAUAAUGAGUUACCAUAGUUUAAGAUGGUGCCAUAGACGUAAUGGUGAUUUUUUUUAUUUUUUCCAUCCCAAACAAAACUACUUAAAGCUACCAGUUACCACCAUUUUAUUGAUUUGGCAACACCAAAACAUUUAUGGCAAUAUAGGAUAUUUAUUAUUGUAUAAUUUCAACCUUUUCAUAGUCUUUUAUAUUUCAACGAUGUAAACAAAUCUUAAGGUCUAGACAUUAUAUUAAGUGGCGGCAUUUCAAACUUUAACCUUAUUUAUGAAGUUUUUUUAAAGAUAACUUCGCUUUUUACUGUUUCAGUUCGUACGAAGAAAAAAAAUAAAACCGUCAAAGUUAUUUUUUAUUACAGACUUUAUGUUUAUAUGAAUUUGCGCCAUCUUUAAGUGAAUUUGUAGUUGUAACUAACUAGUAGAAUGGUUGUAUGAAGCAAUAUAUUAUUAGCUAUGUACGUAUCGUGUAAGUUAACUAUAGAACUUAUUAGACGUAAGAAUUACAUAAAACUAAGUACCUAACUGCAAUUUUUUGUGUGCAAAUCGAGUAAAAAUGACGUAAGGUUUAUCUUAGUAAAACUGGUAUUUUUAUUAACGUAUAGUUAAAAGGUCUUUCAAUUCAUUAAAAAUUACAAUUAUAAUAUAUUUUUCUAUUUCUAUAUUUAAUAUUUCACUGUUAUCCUAACAGAAAAUUACGUCCGUAUCAUUUUAGUAUAUCACUGUCAAUUGACGGAUCCAGGGUACCAGCCUGCAGUUAAAGGGUUGGGAUGUCUGCAAAUCAAAAUUUUGUGAAAUCAAUUACACAUAUUUGAAAGUUAGCAACUUUUUAAAAUAUAUUUCUACAUUAUCACUAUCAGCAACUUUAGUUUAUUUCGUUACAUUGUUCUUAUUCAUGGGAAUUUAGUCUAUAUUAUACAGGAUUUUAUAGCUUAUAUGAAACAACGGUUAUAGAUAAAUUAUUUUUACGCUCUGUGCUCUGUACAAAGCGAACGAAAUCUAAUAUUUCAUUAAGAACCCAGUUUUUAAAUUCAAUGGGGCAUCCCUUGUUUAACCCCUGUAAAAUAAUUGAUUAUCCAUUUUGGCUGACUGUACAUUGGCUACUAUUAGUUGAGCGAUCAUGUAUCGCUACAACGACCCGAACAGUUCAUUUUUAUUUGCAUAGUUAAUUCUCAAGCGCACAUGCCACUUCAGUUACUGUCCGUGUCGAUUCCAUUCAAAAAUUAUGUGCUAAAGCGACAAGAUCAGUUGCAGACGCCUAUGUUACGACUUGGCAGUUUUUUAUUUAUAAAACUAUUGAAAUUUGUCUUUGACCGAACAUUUGCUUUGACUCAUCAGGCGUUGGGCGGCUUCCUCUCAAGAGGCGUUUAAUAAGCGUACGUUCACUGUAGCGGUGAAGGCUCACUUUCUUAUAAGCGUGUCGUGUCGUGUUGAUUUUAACUUUUUUACUAAAGUUUAAUAUUUAUGCUCUGUUAUAGCAUUCUUUUUACAUCUAAAGCAUUAAAGAAGUAUUUUUGAACGGGAAAUAUUUACCGAAAACUUAAUUUUUUUUUUCGUUUUCCCAUAAUUUGGCUGGACUACGGCAUAAAAGCUAAUGAACGACAGUUUACCGACAUCUAUUUAUUUCUUUUAUUUUAAUUAGUUCGUAUUUUUGACACAUUAAUUGAAUUUUAGUAGAAAUAUCAUUUUUGAACGGGCAACACUAAUAUUCUACUAAAUAGAAAGUAAAGUGUAUAGAAUAGUAUAGAAGUGUCUGACUGUGAUUAUUUUUGCUAACAUCGACAUGUUUUUUGUAAUGACAAUUAUACAAUAAUACUGUACCAAAUAA